ACAAUGUCGGCACCAAGGACGUUAAUCGCGCUGGCGCGCUCGCGGCCUGCUGCCACUUCUCGCAUUGCCGCCGCUGUCACACGGUCUGCUUUCUCGACCGGCGCGGUAAGGUCGAAACCAGCGCUCGGAGGACAAGCAGAAGGACCACCACCAGAUGGCUUCCGGAUACCGCCACCGAAAAGAUGGAACGAGCAGAAGGAAAGCGUUUGGGACCAGGCUGGAAAGUACUUCCUUCUCACAGAGAUGAUGCGAGGAAUGUACGUUCUGCUUGAGCAGUUCUUCCGACCACCAUACACAAUCUACUAUCCAUUCGAGAAGGGCCCGAUCUCACCCCGAUUCCGUGGCGAACACGCGCUCAGACGCUACCCCACCGGCGAAGAACGAUGCAUUGCCUGCAAAUUAUGCGAGGCUAUCUGCCCAGCACAGGCAAUCACAAUUGAGGCAGAGGAGCGAGAAGAUGGCAGCAGAAGAACGACGCGCUACGACAUUGACAUGACCAAAUGCAUCUACUGCGGCUACUGCCAGGAGUCUUGCCCUGUGGACGCUAUCGUGGAGAGCCCGAAUGCAGAGUACGCAACUGAGACUCGAGAAGAACUUUUAUACAACAAGGAGAAGCUGUUGCAUAACGGUGACAAGUGGGAGCCAGAGCUGGCUGCAGUGGCAAGAGCAGAUGCUCCAUACAGAUAGUAUAGGAAAGCGGAUGUAUUUUGCGAAGGAGGAGCAGAGGCCGCAAAGGCUUCAUUGCGACACAUCACGCAGCAGGUUUCAAUGCUUAGUAGAGGGCCACACUACUGUACAUAUCUAUAAAAGAUGCAUCAUGUCC